UGGAGUUUGCGACUGAUGUCAGGGUGGAAGGGCGAAGAAGAGCUCAAGGGGGCGCUGGCGUCCUUGGCGUCGGCGAAGGGCGUGUCUGCAAACCGCAUCAAAGCAGCAUGCACUACAUGCAUGAAGUGGUCCAAGGAGUACAAACGCGUGGUGCAUGCAGUCGAGAUGGCAAUGUGGAAAUCUGAUGUCGAGCACCGACUGGCGUAUAUGUACUUGAUUGACGCCCUCAUUCGAGCAUCGCAGACCAAGUAUGGGGACGAGAAGGAUCAUUUUGCCAAGAGGUUUGGUCAGCAUUUGCAUCACACCUUGGCCGCUUGCCGAAAAGCCCCCGACGAUCACAAGGCAAAUGUGAAGCGCGUCGUUGCCGAGUGGCAAAAGCGAGGAGUGUAUACAACGCAAGAAAUCGAGCAAGCGGGGGGUGCAGAUUUUCUCGGGGACGGUCCACUAAAUGCUCCACCCGCUCCAAAUGACGAAAAGAUCGCUUCAUUGCUGAGCGGUUUGCAGAAAUUGAAGCAGCAGGAGAAACAAGAGGCUCCUCCUGGUUUCCAUUCGGAGGAGAGGCCAACGUUCGACCACACGCGUCGACCUUCCCCACCACGCCAUCACGAUGUCAUGCCAACAUCUGCAUAUCGAGAACGCAGCAGUGCUCCACCGUCGUUGAUGCAUGCAGAACCACGAUAUGGAGAUUCGGCUCCUCCCAAUGCGCCUUCUCGCUUUGAUUCUGCGCCCACACCACGAUAUGCAGUCACGCCUCCUGUGUCGUCUCGCUACGACCAUCCUCCGCCUUCUUCUCGUUUUGACCAGCAUGCGGCCACUACUUCCCGAUUUGAUCAAGUUCCCCCACAAGGAUCGUCCCGAUUCGAUCCGCCUCAAGGAUCUUCGCGCUUCAACGAGACUUCGCAUCAGGGAAAUCCUCCGUAUGACCAACCUCCUCGGCAAGGCGCUGCCCGCUUUGAAUCGUCACGUCCGGCCCCGUCGCGGUUUGACCAGCCCCCACAGGGACCGAAUGGGCGCUUCGACCCGCCGUUUUCACGAUUUGACCAGCAGCAAUCUUCGUACAACGGCCCUCCUCCACAAAGACAUCGCGAGUACGGGUACCCUCGAGGACCGUCGCCUGGGAGAUCUUCCCCUCCACAGGACACUUUCAAACGAAUGCGGUCGCGCUCUCGCAGUCGGUCCCCGGCAAAACGUCAACUUUUGCCGUGCCGAGAUUUCCCCAUGGGCCGGUGCUCACGUGGCAACAACUGCCGAUACGCCCACGAUGGCGACGGUCCGACGCACGGCAAGCCGGCUCAAGUGAAAACCCGAUUGUGUAACACGUAUCCGACUUGUCGAUUUGGAGAUCGGUGUACAUUUGCGCACGGGGAACGGGAGCUUGGGACAAGUGCAUAUUCCCACGACGAUACAUUCUCGCAACCGCGCCAUACUUCGCCUGACCGCCGCUUCCAGUCGUUCCAGCAAGCCCCGCCGCCAUUGCAUGCGGCUCCUGGUGGAAUGCACGUAACUAAUACACUUCCUCCCUCGUCCACCAACUCGGCGCCUCCGUAUGCCCCCGGGACCAACGAUCCUCCACCUCCAACGAGACAACGGCGCUCGCGCUGGGAAGACAAAAAGACGACUCCUGCGCCGACGGCUGCCCAAGACCACCCCCAAACCAAGCACGUGGCACAAAUGAACGAUCCCCCACAUCGCAAAAUCGACGUGGAUGACGAGCACGCCGACGAUACGGCCGCCGCGCCGGAAUUUACGCUCGAAUAUGACGAUGACAACUAGCUUACACCAGUUUUUGAAGUCUAAAGUAAUGGACCACCAUUUGUACCAGA